CUUCUAUGAGGAUAUAUCAUACGAAGCAACUAUACAAUAAAUACUCCGUAUCCACCUCAAUUCCUCCUCCCAUUCAACAUCUCUCCACAGUCCCCUCUUGACUGUCAACGUUUCGAUGUUGCGGCCGGGGGGUUACCAAGAUUCACAAUUGUGGAGAAAGAUUCCCGUGUGGAUACAGAAUCCCAAGGGAAGGUCGACGCAGCCAAGAGAAGCUUUGGCUCGAUUGGUGGCGACGACCUUUACGCGUGUUUGAUGGCUGGCAUUGGCAACGAUCUCGAGAAAUGAAGCCUAAGCUGUCGAGAUGAGAUCAUGGAUCACUCAAGAAAAAAAUAUAAUAAGGUUAAUAGAAAUGAGCCGAGCGAGCGGAAAGUUAGAUAGAAUAAAUCUUGAUUUCCAUCGUCCUCAUCUCCCGCGGGGCACUCUUUCCCAAGAGCAGAGAACACCACUUGAAGUCGGAUAAUCCAUAUCAUGCCACGGUCAAUGGACUCUUUUGUGCUUGUCGAUAUGUGGUGUUGACAUUCUUGAAGACGCGAAGCCAAUGAGUCGCUCUGGACGCUCUUAUGUGGACGUCGAGUGGACGCGAAUUAGGGGCUCAUGCUGUGGUGCACCAGGUGCGCCAGCCUCGGGGGAAAACAUCUGGCAAGGCUGACAACUUCAACUCCACCACACCUCCAGAGACCUCGAAACACAUGAGGAAUCCUGUUCGAUAAGAUCAUGGUGCCCAACCAGGCUCAUGCCGCGACCUCCAACACCAGCGCGCUCCAUCCGCCGGGCAAACAGCCGCCGUCGUACACGAGAAGCGCAACCGCGCCCAAUUUGGGCCCUCAUUCCCAUGCCUCGAAUCGGACACUACUUGCGCCAGAAGAUGCCAUAUACCAGGGCUCACCACCGCAAAGGCAGGCCCCUGCAGUGAAGAAGGCGCAGAAUGAGUUGCGGAUGACAGCGGGCCUUGGUGUGCCAAGGGGGCGGUCAAAAACGAGACAUCGAAGUAGCAGUAGGAAGAGGAAAGUGACUUGGAGUAAGCUGUUAUGGGUAAAGCAGUCUUGUAAGUCAUGAUCAACACGACACCCAAACAUUGGCUCACCCAUUGCAAGACCCGGACAAUUAUACCGAUCAGACCACCUUCCUCGAACAUCUCCAGCGCAAUCCCCGUCUGCAGCCCUAUGAUUUCUGGCCACUGGUGGCAGAUUCCACCGUCAUUGUACAACAUGUCUGCUCGGUGGUGAUAUUUAUUGUCUGCUUCAUUGGCAUAGUCCAAGACCGAAUCUCUUCAGUGGCAGUGGUAGGAUGGGGAAGCUUUGCGACAUUCUUGGGAUGGGUGUUGUGGGAUAUGUGGAUAGGGCAAGAUGAUAUUGUCCCUAAACCUUUACCACACCAAGCCACACCUUCCCCACCAUAUUACUCUACAGUCUCUGCCGCGAGUUCUACUUCCAAUCUUGGUCUGGGACUACAUACUUCUUCCACCCAUCCAUUACCCGGACGACACUCACACUCCCAUUCCGCCUCCGCCUCGUCCCUUCAUUCCGCCGCUUCUCAAACGAACUCUCAGCAAUCGCCCCGCCUAGCACCCAACUUCCCCGGCGUAACCACCUCAACCCUAAGUCCACGUACCUCUCUCCGUCUCGCAACCGCCAAAUCCGCCCUCCUGAUCUACUUUACCCUCCUCGGGCUCUCUCCGAUUCUGAAAUCCCUCACGCGCUCCACAUCCCCCGAUUCAAUCUGGGCAAUGUCUUUCCUCCUCUUCACAAUCAACAUCUUCUUCUUCGACUAUAAAACUCCUGAGCCCUCAUCGGGGAAUAAGAAUAUUCCCGCUUCGCUGAGUACCAACGCCGCGCUGAUGGCUAGUACCGUGCUCGCUUCUCGUCUACCUAGUACGGGUCAAGUGUUCAGUCUGACGCUUUUCAGUAUUGAAGUCUUCGGUCUCUUCCCAGUUUUUCGACGCUAUGCUAAACGGCGGACAUGGCGGGGUCAUGUUACCUUGACCACUCUCCUUGUGCUGGGUGCUAGUGGCGGCGUGGGAUUAUGUCUCGGACAUGGAGGCGACGGAGAGGGGAUCUUGGAUUUUCCCUGGAAAGCUGGGUUGACGGGAGUUUUUGUGGGCGUGGUGAGUACGGGGGUUGCAAUGGGAGGGUGCAGUUGGUGGUUAAUUGGGUUGCAGAAGUAUAAGAAUGAGAUUCAUGGGCCGUGGGAUCCGGCCAGACCGAUUAUCAGGAGGCAUUGGGAUGAUUAUUGA